GUGCAGUCGCAGUCCCCUCCACGCUGUGAGUGCGCAGCGCCUGCACAUACAGCUCCAAUUUGGAACUUUAAGCCCACAUUGCAUGAACCUGCACAGCUUUACUGCAGUUUUCUUGGCCGUGAACGACCCUCAGUGAUCCGCUGUGGCUGUUUUCCAGCAGAGACUCCGACCCUGAGAAGCGUCGGGACCAGUGAAGAGAGAAGCUGCGGGAGUGGUCUGGAAACUUUUGCCAUCAUGAGCUCGCGGACGGUCAACCUUGAUACCUACAGCCUGUCGUUGCUCACGGCCAAAGAGGACAUCCUCAACCCCCGAUCCUCCACCAACUGGGCAAUAUUCGCAUAUGAUGGAGUCACUAACAAGCUCAAACUGGCUGACUCAGGAGCGGGUGGUGUGGCAGAGCUGGCAGGGAAGUUUCACAUCUCCAAGACUCAAUAUGGACUGUGCAAAGCUGGAAGUGUAGAGACAGGAGGCCCUCGGAUUGCUCUGAUCAGCUGGGUCGGCCAACAUGUGGAGGACUUCCGAAGGACAGAAUGUGCCAGCCACAUUCCAGCCAUCAAAAACUUCUUCAAGGAAGCACAUGUGUUCAUUAGUGCAGAGAAAGUGGAGGAUGUGACAGAGGAGAAGAUAAAAGCAGAGUUCAGCAAGGCCCGGGCCCAAACUCCUACACAGUGGGUGAGAAGGAGCUCCAGGUCUGCGGACAAGGAGGAAUUAGUGGGUACAAACUACAGAAAAACUAAUGCUGCAAUGGAGAUGAGACUAAUAAACAGAGACUCCUUCUGGGCACGUGCAGAGCGUGAAGAGGAAGAGAGGAAAGAUGAGGAGAGAAGACGAGCAGCAGAGGAGAGACGGCGCCUUGAAAGAGAAAGAAUUUCAAAGGAACGGAGGGAUGCAGAAGAGAGAGACAGAAAGAUGAAUGAGAAGCUACAGAUGAUUGAGGAGCAAAGAAGAAAACAGGCAGAGCAAGAAGAGGAGCUGCGCAGACAAGAGAAAUUUAAAUGGGAGCAGCAGCAGAGGGAGCAUAUGGAAGAUAUGAGGGCUCGUCUUAGGAGGAGUGAGUCCAUUGAGAAGGCAGCAGAGGCAGCAGCAUUAGUGUCCCAGCGUUCCCUGAACCCAAGGGAGUUCUUCAGGCAGCUGUCAUCAUCAUCAUCACAAAGUCCCACCAGCCCUGGAUCCUCCCGCACUGGCAAACCAUUCAGACGAUACCAGCGCAGCCUGACAGACACAGCCUUCAUCUUCUCUAAAGCAGAAGACAGCACGUCAACCUCCCCUUACAGUUCACCCCUGGUCUCCCCCUUCUCCCGGGGUCCUACCUCUCCCAUCUCCCGUGCCAUGUCUCCCCCCACAAGCCCUGCUUUCCGCCCUGUCACCUCUCCACAAAGGCCCAGAGCCCCCAUGUCACCGCCCACAUCACCGCUUCGCCCUGCACCUCCAGUCUCAGCGCUGCCCAGCGUUCCACAAACUAACAACCAGGUUCAGGCUGUUGUUGAGCCCAAACCUCCAUCACCCACAGAGCCUUCUGCGCCUCCGGCUUCCCCUAGUCUCUUGGCUUCCUUGUCUCCCAGUUUAGUAAAAGACAACCCCUCUCAGUCACAUCCAGAGGCUCUGCCUGCCUCGCCUCCAAAUACCCCAACCGAGCCAGAGCACUCAACUUUCUGCUUUGAGCCUGUUGUUGCUCCACAGGCUCCAACAGCUCCUCUUCCAGAAAGACCACAGCUAAACACAGACCUCAACACAGCCACUCAAGUGCACACUGAGCUGGUCUCAGACACUGGCUACAAAGUACAGGCUGUACUGGUGGAGGAGGACGAGGAGGAGGAGGAAGAGGAUGUGGAGGAGCACGAGGAAGAUGAGGCUGAAACACAACCACAGCCCUCUACUGUUACGGCAGAACUGGUCCAGGCUGAGGUAGUGGAGCAGGAGGAAGAGGAGGAAGAGGAGGAAGAAGAGGAAGAAAAGAACGAAGAGCAGGAAGAAGAAGAGGACAAGGAGGAAGAGGAGCAAGGGUUAAAAGAGGAAGCUGAGCAUGCAACAGUGGAAGAGCCAGUGGAGGUAGUGCAGGAGGAAGAGGAAGCAAAGGAAGAUGAAGAGGAGAAUAACCAAUCAGAAGAGAAUCAGGCCCCGUCUGAGCCCGCAGAGGAUGAAUCAGCAGUCACUGAUGCCGAACCAAUUUGUCAAGUAAUCAAACACGAGACUGUCGUCGUGUCAACCAAUGGGAUCACAAAUGGAGAGGAACCAAAGGAACAGAACGGAAUAGAGCGAUCUUUGAGUCCAUCUGAUACAGAACUCAGCUCGCCGGAGCUGCCUGUGUGCUACGAUCUUCACGGUAGAGCUGAGGAGGAUGGGGACGUCAUUGAGGAAGAGGAACAAAUGAUUUCAGAAAAUGGACAAGAGGUUUUAGCCGAGCGACAAAUGUGCGUCCGGGCUCUGUAUGACUACCAAGCAGAGGACGAAUCUGAGAUCUCCUUUGAACCCGGUGACAUCAUCAAGGACGUGGAGACGGUGGACAAAGCCUGGUGGAGGGGAUGGAGCAAAGAUGGCCGUCAAGGAUUGUUCCCUGCCAAUUAUGUGGAGACCUUAUAGGCAGGCAGACAGAGUACCACACACACAAACUCACACAGUGCACACACACUCAGGGACACCAUCUCCCCUCACAUUGUGCAUGCUUUUACCUUAAUCCUCCCACUGAAACUUUGUACUCUCUACUUUGUAGGAAGGAUAAAGAAAAAUGUGACUCCCUGUUUUGUAGAGAGCAUAAAGAAAAGUGUGAAUCUCUAUUUUGAUGUUUUUGAGCUAAACAAAAUAUUCUCACAAGUAUGCAGAAAUUACCCUGCCUCAUUUUCUUGGAUAAAAUAGCGGAGACCUUUUCCUGGACCAAAAUAACUUAUUUUCUUUUGAGAUACAGCAGAUAUGUUGGUAGGAGGGAUCAGAUCACAAUGACAAAGGAUCACAAAGUUGCUUUUCUUGUGAGAAACACAAACAGAUUUUUAUAGUGUAUCGUCGUCUUUUUGAUCCACACGUAUAACAAGCAUUCCACUCUGCUCACCGUUUUCUUUGUGUUACAUUGCUAAAAAAUAAUUUACUGCUCUUGACUGGUAUAUAUAAUCAAGAAACAUGUAUCAGACAUCAUCUUAUAAUCAUCUUUCUGUAUUCCCUGAGUUAUUUUAUAGCACUGUUUUGUUACUGACAGCACAUUUUAAUUACCAGAACAGUAGAAUAAUGAUAAAGAUAAACAAGCAGAGGAAAAAGCACUGUGUUGACACCUGUAUUUCUCUCACUCUUUAAGACGGGCUAUGUUUUGUUCAUAUUGUUAUGUCCUUUACAUUUUGUGAUUAUGAUCUUAAUUUUUCCUAGAAUUUAAGAAAUCAAGGCAUUCUGUCCCUACACAGACGUUAUGAAAAAAAAUCUUCCCAUUUUAAUCUUCUGUAAUAUCCUAAUAAUCUACACUGUAUAUAAGAAUGUAUAAAACAAACAUCAAAGAUCUUCUCUUUUUCUAUACUUGGCUAUGUUUGUAUGCUGUAUGCUUGUUUGAUGGUAUGUAUGUUCUUUGUAUUUACUCUAAACUUACAAAUAUAUA